AUGGGAUUUCCCUUCAAUGAACAAUUACCCAAUAUUGGUAGAGUAAAUAAAGAUUAUAGUUUCACCAUUGCCAAUACAACGUAUAAAUCCAAUAGUGAUGGGGUAAUAUCAUAUCAAGUUGAAAAUUUACCUUCAUGGUUAUCAUUUGAUUCAUCAAGUAGAACAUUUACUGGGAAACCUCAAGAAUCAGAUGUGGGCCUGUUUGAAAUCACUUUAAUUGGUACAGAUUCUACUGAUCAAUCUCAAUUAUCAAAUAAUUAUACCAUGAUGGUUUCUAAUGAUACUGGGUUAUAUUUAACUUCUCAAGCAUUAUUAUAUUCUGAAUUAUCUAAAUCGGGUCAAACUAAUGGUAAUGGAGGAUUAGUAGUUAAACCUGGUGAUAAAAUAAAGAUUCAAUUUGAAAAAAAUUUAUUUAAAAGUUAUUCAUCUAGUGAUCGACCUAUUAUUGCUUAUUAUGGUCGAUCAGCCGAUAGAAGUUCAUUACCAAAUUGGAUAUAUUUCGAUGGUGAUACUUUAACAUUCUCUGGAACGGUUCCUUAUGUAACUUCAGAAAAUGCUCCAUCAAUUGAUUAUAGUUUUAGUUUUAUUGCUUCGGAUUAUUAUGGAUUUGCUGGAGCAGAAGGGAAAUUUAAAAUUGUGGUUGGUGGUCAUCAAUUGAGUACUUCAAUGAAUGAAACUAAUAUUGUUAAUGGUACCAUUGGUUCGAAAAUUGAUGAAUCAAUACCAAUUUUAUCUGAUGUUUUCCUUGAUGGUCAACCCAUUAGUAAAGAAAAUAUUUCCGAUAUUUAUGAUCAAGAUUUACCAAAUUAUGCCACAUUUGAUAAAAAUAAUUUUACUAUUACUGGUACUUUCCCUAAUACUUCAACCACUGACAAUUUUACUAUUGUUGUUAAAGAUAUCUAUGGUAAUAGUGUCGAAUUACCUUAUUCAUUUGAUGUUGUGAAUUCAAUUUUUACAAUUGAUUCCCUUAAAGAUGUUAAUGCUACAAGAGGUCAAUAUUUUCAAUAUCAAAUAUUAAAAUCAUAUUUCACUGAUGCUGAAGAUACUAAAGUUACCGUUGAUUUUGGAUCAGGAACCAACUCUGAUUGGUUACAAUAUCAUGAUUCUAAUAUGACAUUAUCUGGUAUUACUCCUAAAAAUUUCAAUAGUUUAAAAGUGGAAAUUAAUGCUGAAUCUAAUUCUGAUAAAGAAUCAAAAAGUUUUCAAAUUAAAGGUGUUGAUAAGAAAAUUGUAUCAAGUUCAUCGUCAUCCCUGAGUACUUCAAGUAGUUCUUCUACUGCUUCUGCUUCUUCUUCUUUUGGAUCAUCAGAAUCAUCAUCAAGUCCUAUUGCUCAUAAAAAAUCUAAUAAAAAUAAAGCAUUAGCUAUUGGUCUUGGUGUGGGUAUUCCAGUAUUUUUAAUUCUUGUGGCUGCAUUAAUUUUAUUAUGUUGUUGUCUUAAAAGAAGAAAGAACAAAAAUAAUGAAAAUAAUACUAAUGAUAAUGAUGAAUAUUUUAAUGAAUUUAAACAACCAAGAAAACCAAUGCCUCCAAUUAAUGGUAUUGCAGGUGCCGGUGCCGGUGCUGGUGCAGGAGCUUUAGCUUUAGCUGCUGGUGCAGGAGCCAUUGUUGCAACUAGUUCAAAUGAAUCUAUUAAAGAUGAAUCAACGAUGAAUGUUUUCAAAUUAGAACAUAAUUAUUCCAAAUCUUCAAGUUCAUUAACUCAAGUUGAAACAUCAAGUAGUGAAUCAUUUUAUGAUACUCAUGAAAAUACACCAAUUGUGAAAUCUUGGCGUGCUAAUACUGAAUCAGAUAGUAAAUUAGCUCGUAUUAGUAAUGGAUCAUUAGCUACUGUGAAUACGGAAAAUUUAUUUCUGGUUAGAUUAAUUGAUGAUUAUUCCGUUAGAAAUUCAGAAACUUCAUCGAAAUUUUUGAGUAGUAAUUCAUUAAAUGCUUUAUUACGUCGUGAAUCAUUAUCAAACAACAAUAGUAAUAAUAGUACUAAUUUCCAAAGAUUAGAUAGUAAUGGUAAUAUUGUUGGUGAAUUGAAUUUUAAUAACAAUAACAACCCAAAGAGUAAUCGAUCAUCACUGUCGGAAAAAUAUAUGACACAAUUAUCAUCACCAUUACCACCACCAUCAUUACCACAACUGCAAGCAAACUUACAUAUUGUACCUGAAGAAAAAUCUCGUGAUUUGAGUCAUACUGGUAAAGAUGAAACUACAGGAACUAUAAGUAAUUUAUUAUUGCAAUUUAAUGAUAAUAGAUCAAAAGUAAGUGAUGAUGAAUUUAAUAGUUCAUCAAGGGUUAAACAACAACAACAACAACAACAUCAACAUCCAUUAUCUAGAGAAAAUUCAUUUUCAAAUCAUUAUGAUUUUGAUAAUCGAUUACCAUCUCCAAAUUAUGCAUUAGGAACUAAUUCUUCAACAAUGGUUUCUCCUUCAAGUGAUACAUUUUUAUUAGAUGAAUCAACUCCAAUAAAUAAUAAUCAUAUUACUAAUACCACCACAGCUCCAACCACAACCACAACCAACAGUAACCCUAAUAAUAACAACAACAACCAAGAUGGACAAACCAUGCAACAUCAAAAUUUAUCAGCAAUUUCAUUAGGUUCAAUCAAUUCUGAUAAAUUUUUCUUUGACAAGAAUCAUACUAACGCCAACAAAAAUAGCCCAUCAUCAACACCAAAUAGUUUAAAUAUUGGGAAAUCAGCUAAAUUAGUUGAUUUUACAAGAAAAGGAAGUUUAAGAGAAUCAGCUUAUGAGCCUGAUUAUAUAUAUACUGGUCAAUCAGCAUCGAUACAGAUUGAUGAUAGUGAUUAG